AUGCUCAAACACCUCAAGAUUCUAGAUAAAAGACCGCUCUCGAGUUCAAUUGACCUGUUAGGAGACAUUCAAUUACUUUCGUUGGCGAUACAUCUGUCUUGUUUGUGUUCCUGUGGCGCCCUUAUCUCUGGAGUACCCAGGUUACAGAGAUUGGACCUCAUACUUGAUAUGAGCACUUUGUAUCCGAAACGACCAGACAAUAUGCUUGACCCGCUCGGACUCCAUGAUAUCGGUAAUCUCAUAUCAAAGUCCAACUUGACACAAUUAAACUUAUUCAUCAUGAGUCCGGAAGUGCUUUACUUAACGGAUUUCCUAGCAUUUUUGGCCCAAAUAGUUGGCGGCUCUUCAAUUGAAUCAUUGACAAUACGCACGUUUAAAACUCGACAGACCAUUGGUUCACAAUGGAAGGUGAUUGAAUCCCCCAAUGGACCAGAAUUCCUAGCAGUUCUCAAAAAUGCAAGACUGUUGGUCAACCUAACUUUGGACUAUGCUUUCAUGAAGCACUUGCAUUUCCCUCAAAACUACACCACUACGAAUGAAUUUGAAAAGUCUGCUCCAGUAUCUUUAAGCUUAGUGGAUGAGAGUUUUGGGUUACCGACUUUGCUUCCAAUCGAAAGAGAAGUUGUGAGUCACAUAAUAGCUACAAUUAGGGCCACCCAUGUUGGCCUUAUAUACGGUAGGGUACAAGAAGGUUCUCAUUUGAAUGCUCUUAGCUUUAUGAACAACCUCCUUGCUCAUCUCGGAAGCUGUCCUUUCUCCAAUCAGAUCCAAUUCGUUAGUCUAUAUGAGGCAUGGUCCUACUCUGACGACGGCAUGAUGAGAGAAUACUAUCAAAAUAUUAUAAAUGCUAACGACGCAGGUUUAGAGGAGUCUGAGGCACGCAAACACAAGAUGACUUUGAUGAAGGCGUCCAGAAUAUCUAGAUUCGACUUCAACUCUCCUCGAUAUCAGAAGCAGGAGGUCUAUAGUGUACUUCAACAGGAAGGGCAGCUAUCUGUGGACACGAAACCAGUUCAUCAAUCCAAAUUACCAAUCAAUAUCUUCAGUUCCGCUGAGACAUCUUUGAGAGACUUAGAAUACUACUCUUGUCCUAAUAAGGAGCUCAGCGCCAUCUGGUUAGACGUUCCAGCUCAAGACUUUAUCAACGCCUACGCUCAGUUCUUGCAGCGUCAGGGUAAGUUGGAGGUUCCAGGUUACGUUGAACUUGUGAAGACCUCCGCUGGCAAUGAGUUGCCUCCCCAGGAGUCCGAGACCUGGUUCUACAAGAGAGCUGCUUCUGCUGCCAGACACAUCUACUUGAGAAAGCACGUUGGUGUCGGUAAGUUGAACAAGUUGUACGGUGGCUCUAUCAACAGAGGUUUCAGACCACACAAGCACGCUGACGCUUCCGGCUCUGUCAACAGAAAGGUUGUCCAGGCUUUGGAGAAGAUUGGCGUUGUUGAGAUUUCUCCAAAGGGUGGCAGAAAGAUCUCCGAGAACGGUCAGAGAGACUUGGACCGUAUUGCUGCUCAGACUUUGGAAGAAGAUGACGAGUAA